ACCAAGAGGCAGAAACAGAAUUAGUUAGAGAUUGGGGGUCUUUCCUUUGGCAUCAGCAAUGGCAACAUAGUUUACUUCUUUUGUGGCAUCCAUUUUCAACGCUUUCAAUUCAAUUUCAAUCAAACCCCAAUCUUGAACGUCAACUGUGUCCUUCUUCUGUAGAGAGAUUUGUAUUGUAAUCUAAUCAAAUCUAAGCUAAUAAUAAUGGCAGCAGUGUCAGGGGGUGAGAUAUGGAAGGCCCACACUGCCAUGGCAAUGGUGCAGUUAUUCAACGGAGGCUAUCACGUCAUCACCAAAGUUGCCCUUAAUGUUGGCGUCAACCAAAUCGUCUUCUGCGUCUUCCGCGAUAUCAUUGCCCUCGCUAUUCUCGCUCCCCUAGCUUUUAUCCGUGAAAAGCGUACAAGGCCACCGAUAACUAAACGCCUUCUCAUGUCAUUCUUCUUUCUUGGAUUAACUGGGAUAUUUGGCAACCAUCUUUUGUUUCUUAUUGGCUUAAGCUAUACUAAUCCAACUUAUGCUGCUGCGGUUCAGCCAGCCACUCCGGUCUUUACUUUUCUAUUGGCUGUGAUGAUGGGUACAGAAAGAGUGAACUUGCUAAGAUAUGAAGGUUUGGCCAAGGUUGGAGGAACUUUCUCUUGUGUUUUAGGUGCUGUACUGAUGGUUUUGUAUCGUGGUCCGGCAUUGAUAGGAUAUUCAGAAACAGACUUUGUAUCACACAGUGAAAUAAGUGCCAAAGGUCAACCAGAGCCUUCUGGAUGGUUAAUUGGUGGUUUACUGGAUCUCGGAUUUGAUCAAUUUCAUCUUGGAGUUUUGUGCUUCAUAGGGAAUUGCAUGUGCAUGGCUGCUUUUCUAACCAUUCAGGUUCAUCUCCUUUUUAUAUUCUUCAAAUGAUUGUUGACUACAGGAAGCAUUAAGAAAAAAAACUGGUAGUGAUCACUGUCAUUUCUUAUCUCUAUUAACUGAUAUUUAUUUGUUAAGUGCCAAUUCCAUGCAUUAUACACAUGACGUUAUUCUCUAAUAAUCAUAGUGUAUGUAGUGAACCAGAUGGUUCAUCUGGAAAACCUGUGAGUGAUCCUCUUAGCCAUUUAUGUUUAGAGAUCUGGUCCAAUUUUCAGGAUUAAGCUAGUGAUACUGUCUUGACUUGCUUCAACCCUGUAGACAUGUUUACAUCUUAUUAAGCUGUUUGCAGCUACACCACGACAGUUGUGGAGACUGCAGGUGAAAAGUGGUUCCUUACGUUGAGAACUUUGAAACGGAUGUGAAAAUCGAGUUUGAACAAGAAAAUCAAGCUUGGAUGACAAUUGAAAAAGUGGUUUUUGAAAGUAAAUGAAUGAAUCAAAAUAGUAGAGUAAUGUGAUGAAAAAAAAAAAGUGAAGCAAAAAAUGAGGUUGAAUUAUUGGAAAAGUAAGAUACGAACAAGAACCAACGUGACUAGAUUCUUCAUAAACAAGAACAAAGAAUACUUAUUAAUUUUGUUAGAAUUUUGUAAAUAUACUAAUGGUGGAUAGAAUUUUAUUUUUAUGAAGAUGUGGGUGGUGGUAGGGUCAUGCUUACAACGCCUUGUCUUGUCCUUGAAAAAUGGUGAUUGAGUGUUCCUUGUUUCUUUUAAGUGGUAACCCCAUGGGUUUCUUGGAAACGGCAGCAUAUAUUGUCAACAGAAACUUAUACAACUAGUGCUUUUU